CAUCAAGCCAGCGACAGCAGAAAGUGCAGUCGAGCCGAGAGGACCUGUGUCGCCGACGGGCUGAUAACCACUGCACGGAUGCCUGGUCCAUAACGGAUAUCACACUGAAUUUGUUUUAAUUUCAUCGUAUGGUUUAGCUGUAGGACGCUGAAUAACAACCGUUCAUUUUCUCCGAAUCGCGCCAUCGCAGUUGGUCUUUCAUUCGGAGGGCUUGCCCUUUCUCCGGGAGUCUGGAUGGAAGCAGCACUGCCAGUAGCUGAGGGAGCGGUUGGGCUGUCAGAGGCCAGGGAAGCGAGUCCUUUUUCCGGGGCCACAGCAUCCGAGGAUGCGGACACUGUCAUUGGAGUAAGCUAUGGAAUGGAUAGCGACUUCGAUUUUUCUGCUAGAAAAGCACACAUCACUGAGCUGCCUGGUGUCUCAGGCCUCCCAGGCCAGGGGAAGAGGAUGGGCCACAGGGGAGUGGAUGCGUCUGGAGAGACCACCUACAAGAAGACCACGUCGUCUGCCCUGAAAGGUGCCAUCCAGCUGGGCAUCGGCUACACAGUGGGCAACCUGAGCUCCAAGCCUGAGAGAGACGUCCUCAUGCAGGACUUCUAUGUGGUGGAGAGCGUCUUCUUUCCCAGUGAAGGCAGCAACCUGACUCCAGCCCACCACUUCCCAGACUUCCGCUUUAAGACGUACGCUCCCGUGGCCUUCCGCUACUUCAGGGAGCUCUUUGGGAUCAGGCCCGAUGACUACCUGUAUUCCCUGUGUAACGAGCCCCUGAUUGAGUUGUCCAACCCCGGGGCCAGUGGCUCUGUGUUCUACCUGACCAAGGACGAUGAGUUCAUCAUCAAGACCGUUAUGCACAAGGAGGCCGAGUUUCUACAGAAGCUGCUGCCUGGCUACUACAUGAACCUCAACCAGAACCCUCGUACCCUGCUCCCCAAGUUCUUCGGCCUGUACUGCAUCCAGUCUGGCGGUAAGAACAUCCGCAUGGUGGUCAUGAACAACGUCCUACCGCGCGCCGUCCGCAUGCACCUCAAGUUUGACCUGAAGGGCUCCACGUACAAACGCUGUGCCUCCAAGAAGGAGAGACAGAAGGCCAAGCCCACCUUCAAAGACCUGGACUUCAUGCAGGACCUGCAGGAUGGCCUGAUGCUGGACCAGGAUAUGUACAGCGCUCUGGUCAAGACACUGCAGAGAGACUGUCUGGUGCUGGAGAGCUUUAAGAUCAUGGACUACAGCUUGCUGCUGGGGGUCCAUAACAUCGACCAGGCAGAGCGGGAGCAGCAGAUGGAAGGAGGAGAGAAGGAUGAGAAGAGGCCCGUGGCCCAGAAGGCCCUCUACUCCACCGCCAUGGAGUCCAUCCAGGGAGGGGCCGCCUGCGGAGAGUCUAUCGACACUGACGACACGAUGGGCGGCAUCCCAGCAGUCAAUGGGAAAGGAGAGCGUCUACUCCUCUACAUCGGAAUCAUCGACAUCCUGCAAUCGUACAGGUUAAUAAAGAAACUGGAGCACACGUGGAAGGCUUUGGUUCACGAUGGGGACACCGUAUCAGUCCAUCGGCCUGGCUUCUAUGCAGACAGGUUCUUCAAAUUCAUGAGCAGCAAUGUGUUCAAGAAGAGCUCCUCCUUGAAGUCUUCUCCCAUUAAGAAGGGUCGUGUGGGCCUGACUGUGCCUAAGUACACUGGCCCUGGAGCCGCCUGGUCAGCCAGCCAGUUGCCCUCGGAGAGAGACGAUAACAUAUAUGACCUGAGAGGAGCACGCAGCUUCCCCACGCUGGAGGACGAGGGGCGACCAGACCUUCUACCCUGCACCCCUCCGUCGUUUGAGGAAGCGACCACGGCCUCCAUCGCCACCACGCUCUCCUCCACCACCUCUCUGUCCAUCCCAGAGAGGUCUCCCUCAGAUGCUGGAGCAGAGAACCCCCGCUACAGGUACCAGAACAACAGCUCUGAGAGAAGGAGGCACACCCAGUCUGUCAGCCAUGACGGGAGGACCCAGGAGGAGGUGCGUGAGGAGGAGCAGCAGACCAUCACGGUGGAGGUGGAGGUGAAGAGACAUGACAGCGAGCCCAUCAUCACGGCCCCACAGCCAUCUCCAGAGACCAGUGAGAUACCAGAGGGAGCUGAGGCUUCUGCUGAUGUUGUUGCCCCACCCUCCACCUCUCCCCCGGCUGCUGAGGCCCCUGACCCAGAGGCCCCUGCCAGUUCCAAGUUGGUGGAGGUUGAGGGGGACCGCCGGGGCAGCAUGGUGUCAGGGUCCGGCUGCACCAGCCAAGCCUCCCAGGACGACGAGGACGACGUAACAAUCACAGACAUCUACUUUCCCCCAGAGGACAGGACCUGGGUGUACUCCCCUCUGCACUAUGGCAGUGAGUCUAAUACCUUGCCGGAUGGGGAGGAGAGCGAGACAUAAACACUCCUCCAUAGAGCUGAGAGGAGAAUGACUCUGUGGAGAGAGGAGCCAUCAGAUUGAUCCCCAGGCCUUUUAAGUGGCAGGCAGCAGAAUGAUUCCAGUCCCGACCUGUAUUUUAAACCAUGGAUACAAAAGCAGAACAGACAAAAUACUGUGAGGAAACCCCCCUAGACAUCCCAUUAUCAUUGUGUUGAUGAUAUGAUCCAUUCCUCUCCUUUCACCCUCACCUCAACCAAAAAUGACCCUACCAUGAUAAAAACAGGGCCUCAAAUGGCUAUGCUACGUCUAACAUGCCCCAUGAGAACAGGGGCGUCAAGUCAUCUCUGUUACUCGCCACACAUUCCCAACGGUUGAUUAAGUCAAAUGGUCACAUGUAUUUUAUUGAUAUCAUGUUAAUUUAUAUUGUUUGCUUUUUCUUUGUUUUUAGUUUAGUUUCUUUAUUUUUUGAACUUUUUUCAACACUUUAUUUAUUUUCAUAAACAGAAAAAAUUAUUGCUCGACUGUGUUUCACAAAACAUGAUUUUGUGCAUAUUUAUAAGCCUACUGUAUUAUUUUACAGGUUUAUUUGUUAGUUGUCAAGUAUUUAUUUUGACAUUUCUAUCACAGUAUUGCUAUACUUCCCAUACACUCCUGCUGAAUGCACCUCUCAUGAGUCUCCAAGCCUCAAAACCAGAUCAUUGCAACACUAACUAAUGUUGAGACAUUGUCUAUCAUUUCAGAAUCCUACAUCAUUACAAUGUCUUCCAGGACCACCCAGCUUUUGGAUAAAUGCAACAACAACAAAAAAUUCCAAGCAUAAUGAGUUAUUGAGUUCUCUUAAUAUGAAAUGAAAUGCCAACAGUUUAGCAAUCAAACUUUGGCUCUGGAUUUGAGCUCUGCUGGACAUGGGUAUUAGCCAGGCUAGUAGGCUAACUAAGAGUCCUCCUGACUCCAGAGUCUGGAAAGGCUAUUUUGACGUCUGCACGAUGUGACGAUAAGGAAGGGGAUGUGCUUGUUUUACUGAUUGGUUCUCUUCUGUAUUUUUCUCAUUCCAACACCCACAUGGACAGCCAUUCACAGCUAUCCAAUACAACUGUUGAAUUUUCACAUCCAAACAACAUGAGGGCUCAACCUCCCCAGAAAAAAAGAGAGGAAAAAAAGUUUGAGAAAACCAAUCAAAGCUCAGUACAUUCAGGAGCACAUUUCUGCACAAAUACUGCAUUUACAAUGGCCUCCUUUCCAGACCAGUGUGUCACAGCUCUCCCUUGCUGUGAGUCACUUGAGUCGGGUCAACCAGGCUAGUGACCUUAGGCUAAUGGAUUGGAUUACUUAGGACAAAUAACAAUAUCAUAUCAUGGCCAGAAUGAAUUCAUACUUCUGUUAUUUAGUAAGGGUUAAUCAGAAAGGGAAUUCAGGCUGCACUUUAUGUAUUAACCAUCAUUAGAUGUGAAAGUGUCGUCUUUAUCACAAUCCUCUGGCAUAGGAUUCAUGUUUUUUAGUCUUUAUGUGGAUUACAUGUUUUAAAAUUUAAGUUACAUUUUUAACAGUUUUAUUGCUCUUUUUCUGUUUCACACUUGGCUGUCUAAAUUAAAGUUGGUGUGUUUGUAUGUCUGUGUGUGAGGCAAGGUGUCAGAACUUGUAAACUAUUUAUGCGCGGUGCCCAGUUGUAAUCAGUUGUUAAUGUCAUCAAGAGACCAUAGCAGCAAUAUUUUCUACAGUGCAGUAGUUGUAAAGUUACUUUUAAUUGCCUUAAAUAGACAUUAAAAUUCAAAUAUUGAUUUGAUUUUUCAUUCUAGUGCUGUUGUAUUUAUUCAUUUCAAGUAAUUUGUUCAAUCCUGUGGUUGUGCUCCUGAGAAUGUGUAUAUAGAAUUAUAAAUACAUAUAUAAAGAUAUAAAUAUAUUUUAAAUUUGAAUUGGAGAAUAUUAUUUUUAUUUGAUUACAUUUUUUGCUGCCGGCAAGAAAAGAUGAAGAGCAACACAUGAAUUACUGUACCAUAUGUUUUAAUGAGCUGACAAAAUGCAGCUCUAUUUAUGGUGUAUAAAUCACUGCUGUCUCUGUAUGAUAUCUGUAACUGAAGAGUUUUACUGUACAUGCACAUCAGUAGGGGUUCUUCCAACAGUUUAGCUGUAUUUGUGUGUGUGUGUGUGUGUGUGUUUUCAAAUCGCUAUGUGCCCUCACUUAGGGAGAGUCCUUUACAGAGACAGCAUGAUUUAAAAAUGAAUAUGCAUAUCAGAAAUAUGUCUAGUGCAUUGGGUAAGUAGUCAGACCCCUUGACUUUUUCCACUUUUUGUUACGUUACAGCCUUAUUUUAAAAUAUAUUUUUCAAAAUGUAACCCUCAAUCUACACACAAUACCUCCAUAAUGACAAAGAUAAAACAGGUUUUUAGACAUUUUUGCAAGUGUAUAAAAAUAAAAAAAACUAUCACAUUUCCAUAACAAUUUAGACCCUUUACUCAAUACUUUGUUCAAGCCCCUUUGGCAGUGAUUACAGCGUUGAGUCUUCUUGGGUAUGACGCUACAAGCUUGGCACACCUGUAUUUGGUGAGUUUCUCCUUUUCUUCUCUGCAGAUCCUCUCUGUCAGGUUGUAUGGGGAGCGUCGCUGCACAGCUAUUUUCAGGUCUCUCCAGAGAUGUUAAAUCGGGUUCAAGUCCGAGCUCUGGCUGAGCCACUCAAGGACAUUCAGAGACUUGUCCCGAAGCCACUCCUGUGUUGUCUUGGCUGUGUGCUUAGUGUCGUUGUCCUGUUUGAAGGUGAACCUUCGCCCCCAGUCUGAAGUCCUGAGUGCUCUGGAGCAGGUUUUCAUCAAGGAUCUCUCUGUACUUUGCUCUGUUCAUCUUUUCCUCGAUCCUGACUAGUCCCUCAGUCCAUGCCACUGAAAAACAUCCCCACAGCAUGAUGCUGCCACCACUAUGCUUCACCGUAGGGAUGGUGCCAGUUUCCUCCAGAUGUGACGCAUGGCAUUCAGGCCAAAGAGUUCCAUCUUGGAUUCAUCAGACCAGAGAAUCUUGUUUCUCGUGGUCAGAGUCCUUUAGGUGCCUUUCGGCAAACUCCAAGCGGGCUGUCAUGUGCCUUUUACUGAGGAAUGACUUCUGUCUGGCCUGAUUGGUGGAGUGCUGCAGAGAUGGUUGUCCUUCUGGAAGGUUCUCCCAUCUCCACAGAGGAACUCUGAAGCUCUGUCAAAGUGACCAUUGGGUUCUUGGUCACUCCAAUCAAGUUGUAGAAACAUCUCAAGGAUGAUCAAUGAAACAGGAUGCACCUGAUCUCAAUUUUGAACAAACGGUCUGAAUACUUAAGUUAUUUCUGUUUAUUUUUAAUAUAUUUGCUAAAAUGUCGAAACCUGUUUAUGCUUUGUCAUCAUGGGGUAUUGUGUGUAGAUUGAUGAGGAAAAACAAUCAAUUUUAGAAUAAGGCUGUAACAUAACAAAAUGUGGAAAACGUUAAGGGGUCUGAAUACUUUCCAAAUGCACUGUAUAUCUGUGUAUAUUCAUCUAUUUAUACAUGAGGAUAAAUAGGUGUGUGUGUGUUUGGACUCAAUAAAGCAGUUAUAUGUCUAUGAAAUAGAGUAUUUGCCCAUGUUUCCAAAGUUGUGUGUGUCUGUGUAAUUCCAUGUCUAUAUAGCUGAUGUUGGCAAGCAGGGAAUUCCCUCCAUGUGUCUCCCAUGCUACUGUUCAGCGUAUGCUGUGAAAAACAAUCUUCAUUGUGAUGUGCUUGAUUUUCGUGUGGCCUUUUCCCCUUAGCUUGCAAUAAAGCACACGGAAGAUACAUUUUAAGAGAAGCAUAUUGACCUGCUUAGUAUAGAAUUCAACUUUUCAACUGGUGAGAAUAGCAACAUGAUGUUCAAGGCACAGUACUCAAACAUAUCUUCGAUUUAUGACAUCUUAUCUGAGCAGUACUGGUGAAUGAGGGAGGUAAAGAACAUGUUUCAUAACAACACUCAGGAAAAUGUUACUGUAGUUGGUCCUCAUCACUACAGAAACGUUUCUGAGGUUACCAGUGAGUCACUUGUCAACUGAGCUGAUUAUUAUGCUAAUCCACAAAUGAAGUUCAUUACUAGACUGGUGGUUACACUUUUAAGUAGGAGGCCUACAGCUAUAACAAUACAAUUGAAUAGUAGGAAAGUGUUUAAAUAUGUUAUGCAAUCAUGGUUUUAUUAUGUCAAAAUUAUGAGGUUCUUAUGAAAUAUUUUUACAUGUAUUGAUCCUUAAUUUGUCUGUUCUAAUGAAAUGUAAUACAUGUUCUCAACAGUUGUUUGCACCGUUACCUGCCCAUAUUGUGGCUAUAUAAUCUUUAUUUUGAUUGUCUUUUUAAAUUGAAUUUUCUCAUUGGUAUUUUGCUUGAAUGUUUUACAUAAGAGAAAAUAUGCCCUGUGACAGUGCCAUUUCAUUAAAACAUUGAGCUAUAUAUCUGAGACCAGUGACAUUAAAAUGUCUUGUCAAAUGUCUGGUCCCGUGUGUCUCAGUUGAUAAAGCAUGCCGCUUGCAACGCCAGGGUUUUAGGUUGAUUUCCACGGGGACCAGUAAGAAAAUGUAUACAUUCAGUACUGUAAAUCGCUCUAGAUAAGAGUGUCUGAUAAAUUUCUGAAAUGUAACCAAAAGAAACUGUCAAAGCGCUGGGAUGAUUCAAUUGUAUGUCCUUCUCUUAAUUUAUUUGUCAAUAAAAAGUUGCAGAAAAACAAAUUAAGUAAAACAAAAUAAUUUUUAAAACGAAUACCAACAUGUCUAUUUAUGUCAAUGCAUUCACUACUGUAAAUCGCUCUGGAUAAGAGCGUCUGUUAAAUUACUAAAAUGUAACUCAAAUAAACGGUCAAAGUGCUGGGA